CAUCGCUUUGCUUCCUCACUUCGACUCUCGCGUCCCGUCACCGCGUCCCCCAAUGAGUGCAGCAGCAGCUCGCGUCUCUCACAGUGCACAAGCAGUCCGUCCUUUCAGAAAGCCUCCAAAAAUUCGCAAAUUCCUCAAGCGUGACGAGAAUGGUCUUCCAGUGCCGCACGUCAGGAAUCUCAUUGUCCGCGACACGCAUCCAUGUCGUCUCAUGGACCACUACCACACUGCUCUUCAAGACAACUUGAUGUACAUGACUUACAAUCACGAGUCUGGCAUACCAUCAUCACCACGCCAAAUCCGUCUCACUUACGACCCCAAUGACCCUUACACUAAAAACCGUUAUAACCCUCCUGUCGGUGGCUCCCAGGCGGGCAAAAAGCCGGCACCUCCAACCACUUCUCAGAAUGUCGUCCAUUUAGAAAAAAUAGUCAUUCAUUCCAUGAUGAAGGAAGCACUUACCAACCGGAGUAGUUUACUUGGUCUCAUCGCCGCGUUCCGUGCAAUGUCGGGAGAAACCGAGAGUGGUGGAGGUCGUCCUUCGAGCAGUGGAGUGCAGAUCGUGAAGGGGAAAAAGAACGUCGGCGGAUGGAUGCGCCCUGGUAUCCCAAUCGGUGCAAAGGUCGAGUUGAAGGGACCCAAGAUGUACGACUUUUUGAAUACCCUGGUGGAGUUUGUACUUCCGAGGAUUCGAGAGUUCCCUGGCAUAGUCAUGCCUCCCGCAUCAUCAACAAUGAAAUCUCCGAGCGGCGUAGCUGGUGUCGUUUCAUUUGGCUUGCCGCCAGAGGCCAUGGGCUAAUUUUGUCACCAAUGCAGUGGGGCUUGGUGCACAGAAUCGUGCAAGGGCACUGGUCUCUGGUUUCCAGAUACCCUUUGCUCGCAAGUAGAUUACUUGUACGUCCGUUACCUUGUUCGGCUGUUUCCUAAUUUGCUCAUAAUUCAUGUCCAG